UAUAGGGGUAACACAGAGUAUGUCGUGAACUAGAACCUGCUCAGACAUGGCCGUGCAAGUGUUGUUGUACCUCGCAGUUUUUCUGGCACUUUGUGCAGGAGCGCCUUUUCGUAACACCUGCUACCGCUGCACAGAUGCCUCGAACAACACUGAAUGUCAAUUUCUUACACUAUGCCUCCCAAGUCAGAACCGAUGUCUGACGCAAAUGAGGUUUUCUGACUCUGGGAUCGUGAUUGGCAAGCGAUGCGCACCAAUGCAGACAUGCUACGUCUACGAGCAGUACAACCAGGACGCUUGCAGCAACCCCGAUGAAGAGUUCGAGGGCUAUUGUUCGUUCUGUUGUGAGGGGUCACGCUGCAACCAGGGUCUACCACCUUAUGGGACAGUUUCGAAGAAUCAAGCCGAUGACGUGGAUAACCGUGGAGGACCAGCUAGCAAGCCAGGAGGACCAGGUGCCAUGUUAGGGGGACCAGAGAGCAGGCCAGGAGGACCGGGUGCCAUGUUAGGGGGACCAGAGAGCAGGCCAGGAGGACCAGGUGCCUUGUUAGGGGGAACAGAGAGCAGACCAGGAGGACCAGGUGCCUUGUUAGGGGGACCAGAGAGCAGGCCAGGAGGACAAGGUGCCUUGUUAGGGGGACCAGAGAGCGGGCCAGGAGGACCAGGUGCCUUGUUAGGGGGACCUGAGAGCAGGCCAGAAGGACCAGGUGCCAUGUUAGGGGGACCAGAGAGCAGGCCAGGAGGACCAGGUGCCUUGUUAGGGGGACCAGAGAACGGGCCAGAAGGACCAGGUGCCAUGUUAGGGGGACCAGAGAGCAGGCCAGGGGGACCAGGUGCCUUGUUAGGGGGACCAGAGAGCAGGCCAGGAGGACCAGGUGCCUUGUUAGGGGGACCAGGGAGCAGGCCAGGAGGACCAGGCGGAAUGUCAGGGGGGCCAGCUAACAAUCCAGGAGGACCAGCUAACAAUCCAGGAGGACCAGGCGGCAUGUCAGGAGGACCAGCUACCAAUCCAGGAGGACCAGCUACCAAUCCAGGAGGACCAGCUAACAAUUCAGGAGGACCAGCUAACAAUCUAGGAGGGCCAGCUGCCAAUCUAGGAGGACCGGCUACCAAUCCAGGAGGAUCAGCUAACAAUCUAGGAGGACCAGGCGGCUUGUCAGGAGGACCAGCUACCAAUCCAGGAGGACCAGCUAACAAUCUAGAAGGACCAGCUGCUAAUCCAGGAGGACCAGCUAACAAUCUAGGUGGACCGGCUAACAAUCCAGGAGGACUGGGCGGCAUGUCAGGAGGACCAGCUACCAAGCCAGGAGGACCAGGAGGAUUUCCACAACCCCACCCUAACAACACUGCCACGGCAGUCCUCUCUGUAACAUUGAAGUCAUCGGGCGUUACAUCCUCUACAGAAGUCACUGCUCCCCUAAUGUCGGCUUCAACGUCAUCGUCAACGUCGGCUUCAACGUCGGCCUCAACGUCGGCGUCAACGUCAUCUUCAACGUUGGUUUCAACGUCAUCUUCAACAUCGGCUUCAACGUCAUCUUCAACGCCGGCUUCCACGUCAUCUUCAACGUCGGCCUCAACGCCAACGCCUACACCGGUCGCAAAGGAAGGACUGAAAUGUCAAGUCUGCGGGGACUUGAACGCGAAGAUUCCGUGCAACCCGAGGGAUAUGUUUGUACCAAAGGAACAACUGUGUCCUGCAGGUCAAUUCUGUAUGGUUGAUGUUCUACAUGACGUGAAUGGCGCUCAGACGACGUAUAAAAGGUGCGUGAACCAGAGGACCUGCUCCAGACAAUGGUACCACCAGACUUCGGACGAGGGGAGAUGCAUGCAGAAACAAACUGGAAGUGUAGCCAGCAUUGACUGCCAUUAUUGCUGUACCACUCCUGGCUGUAACACUUUUCCAAGACCUUCUAUCUCCAGUCUUUAUAAGCCAAAAUGAAGAGCAUGUCCGCCUGAAGGGAUUGGGUGGUUCUUUCACUGAUAUAUUGAUCAAUGUACUUCCUUUACACACCUCAACACCUGUCAAGAACACUCCGAAAAUUCCAAUUAACUUUAUUUAUAAAUUACAUUCCAAGACUUUCCAAAGUAUCCUAACCUUGAAUAAUCCCAUAAAAAUAUUUAUCUAACCUAAAGGUGAUUCCUAUCUGAAAUACGUCAUUGAUGUCAGUCAACCCGUUGGGUUGUCAGCGGAUCCUUACAAAAGGAAAGAUAGAAAUGGAUAUGUUUUCCCCAGUAGAAAAAUGCACCAUUUAAAAUUCGCUUUAGAUGAUGACCAAAUGCAUCCAAAUCAAGGCAACGAGACAGCCAAGUAAACAGACAUAGCUAGCAUCAAACUAUGUACAGUAAUUCGCUUUGAAUCACCCACAAUCUCUUAAAUUCACUGAACAAUUUCCUAUGUCCCUAAUGUCUCCUUCGAGAAUAAGCUGGAAUAUACAACCGUAACCUGUAUAUUUCGUUUUACCAGGUGUUACCAAAUGUACGUGAAUACCGUUCUGAGUGGAAUGCAAAUAAAAUGUUUGCUUUCA